AUGGCCGACUCCAAUCCCCGCAAGCGCUCUCGCGCUGCCUGUCUAUCCUGCCAAUCACGCAAGCGAAAAUGUUCGGGCGAACAGCCCUGCACAACUUGUGUCCAGGCCGGUGUGGACUGCCAGUACAGUGCAGCCCCGCGCAAGAAACGCAUCGGACCCACUACCGCGCAUCGCGCCAGUCUGCCCUCUGAUGAGUCCCAACGACCUCCAGAUGGUUUGGCAUAUCCAAUUCCAAGGGCCGUGAGCACUGCUGGCAGUGCGAGCUCCCCUGCUUCGUUCAAUCGCGGAGGCCAUUCAGGAGUGGGUCAUUCCCUUGAGGCGAAUUCUGGCGCCGCGUUUGUUCGCAAGCUUGGGCUUCGUAUUGAUCCAGCUCGUGCGCCGAGAUUACAUCUUUUUGCGUGGAAUGUAGGCAAAAGAUCAGGCGAGCCACUUCCGUUCGGCCAUAUGGAGUAUCUCGCGAAGUCUGAUAUGCAUAUUUCCGGGGUUUUCUCACUGGAGGAGAUCCGGCGCGUGGCCGGGAUCUAUUUUGAGAAGGUUGAUCCGUGUUAUUCGUUUUUGGAUCGCCAAUCUCUUUUUUCUGGCAUCACUCGGCGUUGGCAGAUGGAAGUUGAAGAUGCCCUAUCAUUUGAUGCCGUUUUAUAUGGUGUCAUGGCAUUUGGGUACUUGUUUUCACACCGCGAGAGAAAACUUAAAGAGUACACUGCUGUCUCUUUAGCGCGUAGGAUUCUGGAAAAAAGCACAAUGGGCCCAGAAACGCCCUCAGUGGAUAUAAUCGCCGGCUGGGUUCUUCGUACAGCCUACUUACGCAUGACGGCUUCGCCACACGCCGGCUGGAUGGCUAGUUGUACUUUGAUGCACUUGAUUGAGGCAGCAGGCCUGCACCUCGAAUCAACCGACCAGAGAUCAAGUCUUCUCCAAGGACCAUCCCAAUCGGCACAAAACAAGCCCAAGGGGGAAAUACCCAACACCCAAGAUACCCGUCGUCGUCUCUUCGGCAUGGCCCGCCACCUGAACACCUGGAUAUCAUUCGAUCUAGGCCGCUCCCGCGUCGUCCUCCACGGCGCAGCUCAAAACAUCCCAGAGCAUCCCAAUCCAGACCUACUUCACCUCCUCCCGCUCACCGAAAGCCUCGACCCAACGACUUCCGCACUCCAAGACCUUCCCGACCUCGAAACAGCCCUAACCUCCGUCCUGGACCUAGUCUACACAGAACCCUCCCUAAUUCUUGUCCAGUGUAACCUAAUGCUCUGCAUCUACCGCCGUGUCCGUGCUCUGAACGCUCACGCCCCGCUCUCAGCCCGUCUAGACCGCAUCCUUGGCAUUGCAAGACGAGGUCUCCGUGCCGCGCGCAACAUGGCAUCCUCUACUUGUCCCUGGCACCAAGUAGCCAACGUCCCCUUCCAAGUCGUCUGUACGCUUCUCGCAAUCGACAAUCGCGCAGCCUUAGCCCUACUCCCAGAAGCAAUGCAAACUCUUCGAGAAGUGGCUACGGUAUACGACACAGAUGCAAUGCGCGAGGCAUAUUCAACGGCCUACUUACUUGUUGCGAUGCAUCAAAGACGGAAAGAGGAUGACACGCGCGCGUUGACGGAUGUACUAAGGGCUAAUUCUGCGGCGGCCGCUGUUGUGGGGCAGCAGCCUCAGGAUGUUAGGGAGAGGGAGAGGGAACCGGAGCAUUUGGAGGUGCAGGGGACAGCGCCGGCUUCGGAUGUCGAGUUUUCGUGGUUGGGGGAUUUGGUUAUCGAUAUGCCUAGUUUGCAGAAUUUUGAUUUGGAUCAGUUCCUUAUGACUGAUGUGCCGUGGCCGUUGCCCGAGAUGGGCAUAUAA